AUGGCAGCUAAGCUCCAGUUUAAUUGCACUAAUAAUAUGGCUGAGUAUGAAGCUUGUAUCCUCGGUUUGAAAAUGGCCAUUCACAUGAAUGUCCACGAGCUGUUGAAUGAGUUGGUUGAUGCCCUCGCCACCAUCGCCUCAAUGAUCAAGCAUCCGGAUACUAAGUAUAUCGAUCCUCUUGAUGUAGAGCUGAAAAAGCAGCCGGUCCAUUGUUCACAUGUUGAAGCAGAACCAGACGGUUUGCCAUGGUAUUUUGAUAUAAAGAUGUAUUUGGAGUCUGGGAUUUAUCUUGAAGACGCCACAUCCAACAAGAAAAAGUCGAUACGCAGUAUGGCCCUCAAUUUCUUUCUGAGUGGAGAAGUCCUUUAUAGGAGGACUCCAGAUUUAGGUCUUCUCAAUUGUGUCAAUGCUUUUGAAGUUGUGAAGAUUAUCGAACAGAUACAUGCUUGA